AUGACCAUAGAUUAUAGAAAAACCGAUAAGGCGCACGUGUGGCACCCUCUAUUUCAGCAUCAACGCCUUGAGGAAACGCCGUUAGCCGUUUUUGAAUCGGCACACGGAACAACUCUUGUAGACGCAGAAGGUCGUGAGUACUUAGAUGCGUACUCGGCACUCUGGAACGUCAAUGUUGGUUAUGGAAGGCAGGAGAUUGCAGACGCAGUCUAUGCCCAGAUACAGAAGUUACCUUACUAUCCACACUCGCAGAUUAACGUCCCUGCCACGGUAUUAGCGGAGCAGCUCGCUGCAUGUCUUCCGGGUGAUUUGAACCAUGUCUAUUUUUGCAAUAGCGGUUCGGAAGCAAAUGAAACCGCCAUCAAAAUAGCACGCCAGUACGGCAGACAAACCUAUCCGGGUGAGAAUCGCUACAAGAUUAUCAGUCGGUAUCGUGGUUAUCACGGGUUUACGUACGGCGCAUUGUCAGCAACAGGACAGGCACGCAGACGGAAGGCUUUUGAGCCACUCGUUCCAGGUUUUCUGCAUGCGCAUCCACCCUACUGCUACCGAUGUCCACUUGGCUUAGACGUUUCUUCUUGCAGUAUCGCGUGCGCUGAUGAAAUUGAACGGAUAAUUCAGUCGGAGGGACCCGAAACCGUGAUCGGGGUCAUCGCUGAGCCCAUCAUCGGGGGUGGUGGCGUGAUUGUCCCGCCAGACGAAUAUCUCCCGAAAUUGAGGCAAAUUUGUGACGAUUACGGCUUGCUCCUCAUUCUCGAUGAGGUGAUCACCGGAUUUGGACGCACCGGAAAGAUGUUUGCAUGUGAGCAUUGGGAUGUACAGCCUGACCUUAUUACACUGGCAAAAGGUCUGACGAGUGGUUAUCUACCUCUCGGUGCCUGUGUCGCCUCAACAGCGGUCUUUAACGCAUUCCUUGGCGAAUCCGAUGAAAACAAAGAAUUCUCCCAAGUCUGCACCUACGGCGGACAUCCAGUGGCAUGUGCCGCUGGUAUUGCGAAUCUCGAAAUCCUCCAAAAGGAACGCCUCUGGGAAAACUCGGAAAAGGUAGGUGCGCAUCUGCUCUCGAAAUUAGAAACAUUGCGUAACCUAACCAUUGUCGGUGAUGUCCGUGGCAAAGGGUUGAUGAUAGCCGUGGAAUUCGUCCAAGCCGAUGGCACGCAUCUCGAAACAGCAACAACCAAUCGAAUCGUGGGGCAAUUACGAGAAAAAAGCAUCAUCGUCGGGAAAUCGGACAUGCUAUUGACGAACCGGAAAAUAUCAUUUUCAUCGCACCACCGCUGA